UAAGCAGAAUUACAAAAAAGUGAUGUUCAAACCUAGGCCAAAAAGGAGGAAAAACAUUCAACAUAACCAAAAGCCAAACAAAUGCAUUCACACCCCUGGAGCAGAGAAGAAGAAGAAGAAGAUGGAAGACAUUGCUCAGGUAGCAGGUGUAAACGCUCUAGGACUCAUCAACUUAAUCAUUACUUCAGCCAAACACGCCGCUACACAUAAAAGGAACUGCGAGCAGUUAGCAGUGCACGUGAGACUGAUCGGAAACUUGUUAGAGAAGCUAAAGUCGACUGACCUGAUGAAGCUGUCGGCUACAGCAGAGCCACUUGAAGGGUUAGAUGAGGCUCUACAGAAUGCUUUGGAGUUGGUUGAUAGUUGCAAAGAAAAGAGCUGCUUUUACAUGCUUGCCAUGGGAUGGAGUGUUGUUUAUCAGUUUCGUCGGGUUCAGAAUGAGAUUGAUCGGUACCUGAAGCUGGUUCCCUUGAUUGCGAUUGUCCAUGAGUUUCGAAUGCAGAAUGUGCACGAAAGAUUGGAAGCCAUAGAAGGUGAUGAUCGCGAAUACACCCUAGACGAAGAGGAUGUUGAGGCCCAAAGAGCAGUACUGAAACCUGAUCGAUCAAAGAAAGAUGCAAAUGUAUUAGAGAAGUCACUAUCUAGACAAUAUCCUGAUUUGAGAUUCCACGAGGCUCUCAAGGAGGAAAAGGAGAAGUUACAUCUUGAGCUACAUCAGUCACAAGCAAACAAUGACCCCAAACAGUGUAGAAUUAUUGAGCAUCUUAUUGACGUGACACAAAAUGUCGUUAGUGUGCCAGCUGAAAAGUUUCUUGCUCUCAACGCGCAACCUUACAUAGGAACUGGGUGGGUAUCAACUGCAAAAGUUGGCCAGGUGGAGAUGGUGAAUGCCUCACAGGAUGAACAUCAAGAAAAAUCAAAGUGGCAAACUGACCUCUUUGACUGUUGCAAUGAACCUUGUUUAAGUUUGAAAGCAUGCAUCUACCCAUGUGGCAUAUUUUCAAGAAUUGCAAGUUUGGUGUCACUUGGGACAAUAACUCGUGAACAUGCAUUGAAUGAUCUGAUGACAUACUCCUUAUUCUGUGGUUGUUGCUGUUAUACUUGUUGUGUGAGAAGAAGGCUGAGACGGCUUUUCACUAUUGAGGGAGGCUCAUGUGAUGAUUUCUUUACUCAUCUUUUCUGUUGCUGUUGUGCUAUGAUCCAAGAGUGGCAUGAACUCGAACUGAGAGACUUUGAAGGUUGUCAAGGAAGGAAAAUGAUUCCACCCCCGUACCAGUAUAUGCAGCCUUGAACUCUUCGAGCAUUCCACCAAAGGUCAAACUUUGCAAUCUUCUAUAUGCACAUGGACAUCCUAAUUUUUUCUUUUGUACAGAUGGUGAUACGCCAUUAUGGAAAUCUUAAUACAGAUGUAAAUAUCAAUAGAUAGAGCUUUAUGAAUUGUAUACAUAAAGUUUUUGUAGAUAUAAGCUGCAACCUUUGUUAUUAUGGCUAGAUUAAGUAGACAUGAGUCCUGCGAAGAUCUAAGGAUCUAGUAGAAAUUUAUGCAGGCAGUUUUAUCAGGUCCAAGAUGCAAGGGGGACAAGUUGGCUUGUACCUUAAUGAGAGUAGUCUUAGUUAAGACAAUUUAAGCUCCCAUUUGUUUCUUCCAUUAAUUAA